UUCAGGCACUUCCAAACUCUCAAGCUUGAGCUGCCUAUCACUCAAAACAACGCCUGUCAGCACUUUGCCCUCAAAGCUUAAAGACAAAGUAUAUACAAUACUUGUUGGCCAACACCCAACAGUCGAAAUGACGUCUUCUCUCCCCAAAACCUACAAGGCCCUUGUCCUCACCGGGCCAAAUUCACCCAUCGAGCUCCAAGAUGUCCCCCUGAAGCACCCCUCAGCCAGCCAGGUCCUCGUCAAGGUCAUCGCCUGCGGCGUGUGCUGGUCCGACAUGGAAGUUGCAAAGGGUAACUUUGGCAACGUCUUCCCCCGUACGCCGGGCCACGAAAUCGUUGGAGAAAUUGUCGAGCUCGGCUCCGACGUGAAGAAUCUCACUGUGGGCCAGCGCGUGGGCGGGCCGUGGCACGGAGGGCACGACGGCGUGUGCCGGGAGUGUCAGCGUGGCGAGUUCCAGUAUUGUAAGAACGAGGCCAUCAACGGCGUCUCGCAGGAUGGUGGCUUCGCUGAAUAUGUCCUGUUGCGAGCUGAGGCCGUAGUCCGCAUCCCCACGGAAAUUGAUCCUGCCGAGGCGGCACCGCUGCUGUGCGCCGGUGUCACUGUCUUCAACGGCAUCCGCAAACAGAGAGUCGAGCAGGGCCGUCUCGUAGCCAUCCAGGGUCUUGGCGGGCUAGGCCACCUGGCCAUUCAAUAUGCCAGCAAGAUGGGCUACGAGGUGGCAGUGCUGUCCCACGGCGGCGACAAGGAGACGUUUGCCAAGCAGUUGGGCGCACACCACUACAUCGACACGGGGAAGACCGAUGGAGCUGCCGAGCUGACCAAGCUGGGCGGUGCUUCCAUCAUCGUGCAAACGGCGCCCAACCCCAAAGUCGUCGGCGCCCUGGCUGAUGGCCUCGCUCCCAAUGGCAAGAUCCUGAGCUUGGCCCCGGUGGGCUCCAUCGAUGUCAACACUGUGACGCUGAUUAUGAAAGGCGCCAGCGUGCAAGGCUGGGCGAGUGGUCAUGCGCUGGAUAGCGAGGAGGCAAUUCAGUUUGCCAUGACGCACGGGGUCAAGUGCAUGAUUGAGCGGUACCCAUUCCGUGACAUCAAGAAGGCAAUUGAUAGCCUGGAAGCCGGCAAGCCACGGUUCAGGAAUGUCUUGAUCAUGUAGUGAGAUGCUGGUGCUGGUGCUGUUGGCGUUGGGAGUCGGAAUGUGGAGGGGAGGAGAGUCGGAGAGUAGAAAAAGGGAGAAGAGCAAUACAAUAAGGUUGGCCAUACCAUACACGUGCCAACUAAAAAGUACAUGUCUACAAGGUAUUAGAGGCAGCACCAAGGCAACUGCUGGAAAUAAUUAUAUAAGGAGUUAAUAUGUAAAAUUCGAUAUAGGCUUUUUGAUCAAUGCAAAAAAAGCAAAUUCAUCUCU